CACGCCCAGAACCGUCUCGCGGGCGCGUGGCAGCGGCCGGCAGCGUGUUGCCGCAAGCGACGAACGCCCCAAGAAAUGGUCCACCCCGCCUCCUCCCGCGUGGGCAGCUCGGUGCUCGUGCGGACGCACGAGGCUCCGGCCGCCAAGGUGCGGCGCACCGCGCAGUGCGACGCCGUCGUCGCGGCGGUCGACCCGCAGGGCGGGCUCGUGUGCGUCGCUCACCUGGACUCGCUCCAGCUCUUUGCCGCCGAGGAGCCGCUGGCGCCGCGCGCGCUCACCCCGACCGGCGUGGUGCGCAGCGUGUGCUUCAGCCGGUGCGGCGGCGUGCUCCUCUCCGGCGGCGACGACAAGGCGGUGCGAGCCUGGGACGUCACUGCCGACGCCGCGGCCGCGCCGAUCGGCACGUGGACGCACCACAAGAAGAUUGGGUGCGUCGCCUUCGCGCCUCUCCCGGCGGGCGGCGAGACCUCGCUCCUCGGCCUCUGGGCCGACAAGUUUGGAGAAGUGUUUGCCUUUGACGUGCGCUGUCCGUCUGCGGCGCCGCUGCUCAAGCUCGGCCACCUCUCCCCCGUCUCGCACCUCGCCUUCACGCCCGGCGGCGGCGAGCUGCUCCGUGCGGGCCGAGAAGAGCCAGUUCACCCGUCCGUGAGCCAGCCGAGUCAGUGAGACAGGCGAGCUGGUGACGGCGGACCGGUGAAUUAAUGAGUAAUUGAUGAAUUAAUUAGUCAUUGAGACAGGCGAGCUGGUGACGGCGGACCGGUGAAUUAAUGAGUAAUUGAUGAAUUAAUUAGUCAAUGAGACAGGCGAGCUGGUGACGGCGGACCGGGAGGGGCACGUGCGCGCUAGCCGGUGGCCGAGCGCCGACAUCAUCGAGCGCUACUACCUCACGCACACCUCGCCCGUCGAGGUCGUGCUGCCGCUCGCCGCGCUGCCGCUGCUGCUCACCGCGGCGGGCAGCGG